AUUAAAGUACCUUUUAACAAACUCCAGUUCUGCUUCAUAUUGGUUCUUCCUGAAAUUCUUUUCUGCAACAAAGUCACGAAUCUUGGAAAGACGUCUCUAAGGGGAAAACUCCUCAGGCUGCAGACUGAGUUCCACACUGACCCGGUUUUACAGUGAGACCCCAUCUCAAAGCGACACACACAUAUACACACAGACGAACGUGUGGCGGUUCCCAGCCUGGAAGGUGACAAACCCAAACUUUGUUUUGAGACAUCAUCUUGCCACUUGGUCCUGCUGCCUUUGGACUCCCACCCAUCUUCCUUGCCCCAGCUUCCCGAAUAUUGAAGUGACAAGCAUGUGCCGCUACGCCUGGCUGAACACCAAGUUUACUGCUUGCUCAGGAGAGUCUGCGCAGCCGCAAAGGUUGGAGUCCUUGUCCGUCUGCUCAUUUGGGAACCAAUAAAGUUGAAUGUCUUCAAAACGGGCCUAGUCGCUUAGGCCCUGUCGGACAAUCCUGAAAAAGAACCGGACUGGGAACUCGCGCGCGCUUCCAGGGUUCUCCCUCUUCCUGGCAGUGCAGUCCUCCUAACUCCCAGAACUUUCAUGCCGAGGAGCCAGCGAGGGGGGCGGCACUUCCGGUGCCGCCGGACUUCGCGUGCUCUGUGUUUCCGGUCCGGCGGGGAAGGCGGCUGCCGCAGGCUUUCCCGGUAUCGUGGGGUGCCCACGGCUGGCCCACGGCAGCAUGAAGCCCAGGCCGGCGGUGUUCGUGGACGGAGGCUGAAGCAGCGGGUCGUUCAGUACCUCGCCAGUAAUAGAUGUGGCAAAUAUGUAGACACUGGAAUCUUAGCAUCUGACUUGCAAAGAAUGUACAGUGUAGAUUAUGGCCGAAGAAAAAGAAAUGCUUUUAGGAUUCAGGUAGAAAAAGUAUUUAACGUAAUUAGUAGUGAGAAAGAACUGAAGAAUCUUAAGGAAUUAGAAGAUGAACAUUUGUCAAAAAGAGCAAGAAGAGACGAAGACGAUGAGUACACUGAAAGCUAUUCUGAUGAUGAUUCAAACAUGGAAGAUUACCCGGAUCCACAGUUAGCAAAUCACAUGAACAGUUCCCUGCUAUCUCUGUAUCGGAAAGGAAACCCUGAUUCUGUUUCAAACACUCCGAAGUUGCAACAGAGAGAAGCCACCACUUCAGUGCCAUUACUGACUUCUAAAACGGGCUCCAUGCCAUUGAAGACCCCUGCCAAAGAAUCUGAGGGAGGAUGGUUUAUUGACAAAACCCCAGGUGGAAAGAAAGAAAGUCUUCCUUCAGACCUAUCAGAUGACCAAAGCAACUAUAAAAAGCCAGAUUCUGAGACUUUAAAAGAUUCUUCUCUUCUGGAAAGUGAUAAGAAAAGGAAAUGUAGGCCAAAGAGCAAAGGAAACAAAAGAAAGACAGAGGAUCUUCAAGAAGUAGAUGGAGAAAUAGAAGCUAGUCUGCAAAAGAAAGCUAAAGCAAGGAGUAUAGAGUUGCAGAUUUCCAGUGUGAAGUUUGAAGAUGUUGGAGGCAAUGAUGCAACAUUAAAAGAAGUAUGCAAGAUGCUCAUCCACAUGCGUCACCCAGAGGUAUACCACCACCUUGGUGUAGUGCCCCCUCGUGGAGUUCUCUUGCAUGGGCCACCAGGCUGUGGGAAGACAUUACUUGCUCAUGCAAUUGCUGGGGAGCUUGAUUUGCCAAUUCUGAAAGUGGCUGCACCAGAGAUUGUGUCAGGAGUUUCUGGAGAGUCUGAGCAAAAGCUCCGAGAUUUAUUUGACCAAGCUGUGUCAAAUGCACCCUGUAUUGUUUUCAUUGAUGAAAUUGAUGCUAUUACCCCCAAAAGAGAAGUCGCUUCAAAAGAUAUGGAACGAAGAAUUGUAGCCCAGCUUCUAACCUGCAUGGAUGAUCUGAACAACAUGGCAGCUACAGCUCGAGUCCUAGUUGUUGGAGCUACUAACCGACCAGACUCAUUGGAUCCUGCCUUGAGACGUGCAGGAAGGUUUGACCGAGAAGUAUGCCUGGGUAUCCCUGACGAGGCUGCCAGAGAAAGAAUACUUCAAACUUUGUGCCGAAAACUGAGACUUCCGGACACUUUCAAUUUUUGUCACUUAGCACACCUAACUCCGGGCUUUGUCGGUGCUGAUCUGAUGGCACUUUGCCGAGAGGCAGCCAUGUGUGCAGUCAAUAGGGUCUUAAUGAAGCAGCAGGAGCAGCAGAAGAGUCCUGAGAUAGAAACUUUGCCCCCUGAAGGAGGCCAGGAGGAGAGGAAGGGGACCGAGCCCACUUCUGGAACCCAGGAUGAAUUGCAAAGGCUGUUGAGGUUGCUAAGAGACCAAGAUCCCCUCUCACAAGAACAGAUGCAAGGACUAUGCAUUGAAUUAAAUGAUUUCAUUGUUGCUCUAGCGGAAGUCCAGCCUUCUGCCAAAAGGGAAGGCUUUGUAACUGUCCCUAAUGUGACAUGGGCCGAUAUUGGUGCCCUGGAAGAUAUUAGAGAAGAGCUCAUAAUGGCAAUAUUGGUAGGUACAUCCGCUAUCAGUGUCAUUGCAUUGGUCAUGAGUUAAGAUCUAGGAAAAAAACCUGCAUGCAUGUCUACCAGAUU